AGCAACAGGCAAAUUUGCUUUUUGUUUUGUGUACAAUACAAUAUGGUUCGAAUCGUCAAAAUGAUAAUUAGUUCUGUUACGCUAACAGUAUUUUUUGUAGCAGUUUUUUUUUUAAUCAAUUUAUUAUUCUAGAAAUACUGAGCGUAUUUACGUUCUAUUUACUACUCUAAAAAAUAACAUCAUGAAUAUGCAUCUAAAUAAAAUUUAUCUUAGUCAAAAUAGCCCAUUGUGAAUUGCAGUGGAACAAAGGACUCACAAAUGAGCAUACAACUGGACUACACAAAUUGAAUUGUCAGAAUAAAACACAAUCAAUGAAAAAUGACUGAAUAUUAAUGAUGAGAGUGACGUCAAUCAAAGAAAGAAACAUUGAUUUUAUUUGUGUAUUUAUUAAUGAUGCGCAACCUUGUUCCCUCCUUUGUACGUGUUCCUGCUUCAAACGUUUCGUUAUGUUUGCCUUUGAUUUUAGGCGGCAGCGUUCAGUGCUGAAUGGGGUUGAGAUCUACCGCAAUGUCUGACUACACGACCAUAGUUGGCUUAAACGAUGGCGUCGAAGGUGGAGGCAACUGGAUUAAGCCAAACAUGGCUAAAUUAUGUAUUGCGCUCGGACUGUUUUGCGGGACAAUGCUUUUCGCUUCGAUUCCGGUGCUUCUGUCGCGCCGCUCACACAGCCGACGUUUCAUGGUUCGCCACGUUCUCACAGGACUAUCCUGCCUUGGCGGCGGUGUAUUUCUGGCCACGUGUUUCCUGCAUCUAAUACCGGAAGCUACAGAGAAAAUGGACAACGCACUCGUUGAUGCUAAAAUUGACAUAAAUUUACCUCUGCCCUAUGCGAUAAUAAUCGCCGGAUUUCUUCUCGUGCUCAUUUUAGAACAGUUCAUUCACUCGUGUAGUGGCAUGGACCACAGCCACAGUCACGGUCCGCGCCGUGGAGCAGACGACCUAGGCCCAGCGCCAGUACCUAAUUAUGGAACGAUUCACAGGGAGGCGAUGAAUGAUAGCGAACGUCAGACAAACCGAGAGGUCGGUGGUUGUGCUCAAACCGAUGAAGCGCUGAGGCUAGCCAACGAAGGUGUCACCGUCGUCCAAAACGAUCUUCCUCAUCCAAACAGUCAGCAUGAUGAGAAUGACGUUGACCAAGACGUUGAGGACGACGAUGCACAACGCCAAUUUGGUAUACCUUCGGUUGGUGAUGGGGCCCCCACUUCUUCCUUCUCUUCCAAUUACCUCGACGGAGUCCUAGAAGGCGGCAUGAAUAAACCCGUUGGGCAAAUGGAUGACGAUGAAUUUGAUGAGCUGACCGACGAAGAGGAUCGCAUGACGGCGGUAUCCAUGCACGGUGAUCCGGGAAGUCAUUCCGCGUUCCGAGCAAUUGUGAUGGUGUUUGCCCUGUCAUUGCAUUCUAUUUUUGAAGGUAUAGCCAUAGGGCUUCGACCGACAACACAGCAGGUAGUUCAGCUAUUUGGAGCGAUCGUUGUCCAUAAAUGCGUCAUUGCCGUUACCCUUGCGACAAAUCUUGUCAGCUCAGUCACGCGAAUGGGGCACAUUGCUGUCUUUUCGUGCUUGGCAGUUUUUGCCGCUAUGGCGCCAAUUGGCAUCGGAAUUGCGAUCGGCAUCGAUAGCGCCCCCGCAAUGGUCAACGGUGUAUUGCAGUGUAUCGCAGCUGGAACAUUUGUGUACAUAACAUUCUUUGAGAUUUUGCCGCAUGAGCUCAACUCCAGACAUACGGGAGGUUCGCGAUUGUUUAGGAUUUUUAUGGUCCUGCUCGGCAUCGGACUUAUCAUUGGCCUUAUGCUCACUUUCCCAGAUCAGGACUAAAAACAUCAACGACAUAAACGCACUAAAGCCAUAACGGUUAUUCGAGGCUUUAACGAAAAACAAACAAGUAGUGGACUUUGGCUCCUGGCAAACAGUUAGCAAGAGAGAUCUAGCCACAGGUGGACCAGGGUCUUAUCAGCCCAGUUUUGAAUCGAUUGAAUGUGUAGCAUUACUUGCGAGCCCAUCUAGAAGAACGCAUACCUGGCUAUUUGCGAUGAGAAUCUAAUGUCGGGCCGCCGCUUCAUAGGGACCGAGUGCAAUGCGUCGCCUACUAGAAACCAGUAAUAUAUAAUGCCCCUACUGAUUCAUUGAAGCUGAACAGAUAAUAAUCGUUUUCAAGUUUGGGGCCGAAAAUACUACCCUGCGCUAUUCUGCUGUUACAAGAACUUGCCAGUUUAUGUUAUGAAAUAGGCCUUUUCGUCGUAUAUUGGAUCCUUUUAACUCGAGAAUGAUCCUAAACUGUCUCCCUUUAAAGCGGGAAAUGAUCAUGGUAUCGUUUGCCUUUCGUCAAAUCUCAGGGAAAGACUUACAAUGCCACAGCAUUACUCUCUACGAUACUACAAACGCGCCUAGUUGACUCCAAUGCAUCGCACCUAUACCGGGAGAUAUCGCUUCUGCUAAAUCGUUGUUGGCCCUUCUAUUACGUUGUUUUCAGUUGAUGUUUCAUAUUCUAAUAUAACAUUAUUAUGUUAGAUAUGAAGUUCGAAGUAGGAUGCCACUAAAGCCUAAGACGCUGUAACGCUCAGAAAGUAAAUACAAGGGAUAAAAAAAAUGCCAAGCGAACUUAUAGAUAGAAGUAAGUUACCAAAUAUUUUUUUUCCGGCGAUUAGAUAGAUCAGUGCUUAAAUGUCCAUAAGCACUGAUCGAAGCACAAUCGGUGAAGCACAUAAACGAAUGUACGUUGUUAAUGCCGAUCGUAUACGCGAGGCAUUAAUGCCUAUCGGCAAAAAUGCGAAGAGUGAGAAAGAUCUGUAGCAUGUUAGUACUUUUAUAGAACUAAGCCAACGUAAAAGUGACGAAAUCUGUUGUUUAAAAGAUCGCAAACACACGUAAACGGCACAUACGAUGAGAAGACGACAGCAGCAAAUGUAAGAACUCCGUGUGUUAGUUUUAAGCUUUUUCAACACACUGAUAUGACUAUUACAAUGUUGUUUUAUACGAACCGGUCGAGGCGCGAAUAGGAUCAAGGGAAAGAUUGUAGUUGAUCGCUUUGUUGUUGAUUAAUGUGCUUCUGCAAAUGGAUAUAAAGCAUCCGUUAUGUAACUGAUGACAUGACGCGGUGAGCGUUCCACCUCGCUAGUUUUUUCCUCAAUUUGAAAUUGUACCUAUUAGUCAAUCGAUAAUCGAAAGACGUAUAUGUGAAAGGAAGGAAAGAGUCUAUUUUGAACAAGAAAAUAUUUUUAUAUACCAAUGUUGUCUAGAUAAGCGUGUUGUUAAUGAGGCAUGUUAGUGGAAGCGUGGUCUACAAUGCAUGUCUUAUUUAAAAUAAAGUUCCAUUUGUGCGGAUAAACAAAAUCCGUAAAAGCUUUAAGUCGUUACUUUACAAACAUUCAUAUGUGCAGCAUCCACACAUGUAUAAGUAAGUGACCAAACGAAUUUUCCUUGAUCGUUACCUUGAUAACGCUAAAGAUCCAUCGCUAAAAAACCGUUUAUCCCAGUACAUUGAAUAAACAAAGCUAGGCAUAAAAAUAAUGAAAGAAGAAGAAACUAGCAACCAUAUCGUUGAGGGUGACCAUUAGAAAGAUAUAUAUAUAUAUGUAUGUAGUGUGUGUGAAUGGUACCUAUGGCGUUUUUCACGUUGGUUGCGAACCCGAAAAACGUAGAGGUAUAUAUAUACACAUUUAUUUUUUAAGCCUACAUUUAUUCUAGGAAAAUAUUAUGCACAAGCAAAAACAAUUACAUUUAGAUGGAAUACGGUCUAUGAACCGUAAAGUAACAAACAGGCGGCCAAAAUCGUUGCUGUUAUCAUCGUUGAAAUAUAACAUCGACCUUUUAUAUGGCAUACUCUUCGUUGUUACCUCUGUUUGAGAUGUCCUUCCACUGAAACUGCGAUGAAAUUGUACUUCCGGGAAAAGUUGUCAAAUAAUCAUUCACUAAACAACUAAUCGAGAAAUUCUCGAGUACUUCCCAGUGCUUCGAACUAGCUAUGUAUGUUCUCAUGCGAAUGACUAAAUGAAGCUUGGAAUUUUCGGAAUGUUGAAUAAAUGUGCUAUGCUUGAGUAGACCGGUAACAAAGAGAGAUUAUAGUGGGGCAAAAAGUUACUUUUUUGGUGAAUAAAUCAUCGUCUACUGUGGCGCGUUUCAAAAUAAACAAAUCAAGAAA